GCACCAAACCCCAAAAUAGUGCGGCUGGCUUGCUGAUGGAGGCCAGCCGCUCCGAGAAGCAGGAGAAGCCAAAGGUUUUGCAAAGGACCCACUGGGACAAACAUGAGGAGUGCAGCCAAGCCCUGGAGUCCAGUCACCAGAGCGGGAAGCCAUGGGGUGGACCGCGCGCGACCCCUCCCCGCCCCCUCUUCCGGCAUGAAGAGCUCCAAGUCGUCCACCUCGCUGGCAUUUGAGUCCCGACUCAGCAAGCUCAAGCGGGCCAGCAGUGAGGACACGCUCAACAAGCCAGGAGGUGCCGCCGCUUCUGGGGCAGCUCGGCUGAAAAAGACGUCCACGUCCGGGGCCGUCUCCGAACUCACGGAGAGCCGCCUGAGGGGCCCCCCAGGGGCUGUGGCAGCAGCCAAGCGGACAGGCAUUCCCACCCCUCGAGAACUCGCGGUAGCUGUCUCGAGAGAGAGAACGGUGCCACGCGGUCCCUCCAACUCCAGGAAAGCGGUAUCCAGCCCCACCUCUUCCAGCACGCCCACCCCCACCAAGCACGUGCGGGCCACUCCCACGAGACCCAGGCCGGAGCACGAAGACGCAGAGAAGGCCGCGCUCGAGUCCCAGGUCCAGGAACUCUUGGCAGAAGCCAAAGAGAAAGAUGGUGAAAUUAACAGGCUCCGAAGUGAACUCAAGAAAUGGAUGGAGAAAUGGACUCAGAACACCGAAGGGGCUGACGCUUUGGACCCAAGCGUGGACGGAGCGUCAGUCUUGCCGGGUGACUCGGAGCCUUUGAUCAGAGCCCUCGAGGAGAAGAACAAGAACUUCCAGAAAGAGCUCGCUGAGCUUGAGGAUGAAAACCGGGCCUUGAAGGAGAAACUGACUUAUUUUGAGCAUUCCCCAAAUUCAGAGGGGGGAGCGAGUCACACCGGGGACAGCAGCUGCCGGACGUCGAUAACGCAGGAGUCCAGCUUCGGGAGCCCGAUGGGAAAUGAGUUGUCAGGCGAAAUCGAUGCGUAUAAAAAAAACCCACACGAGGGUGUGUUGCGGACGUCGGGCUCUUCGAGCAGUGAUGUCACCAAGGCUUCCUUGUCCCCAGACGCCUCCGACUUUGAGCACAUCCCAGCAGACGCCCCCCCAGGGCCCCUGUCCCCCGCCGGGAGCCUGGUCAAGGGCUCCAAGUGCUUGGCGGCCGGCAGCUGCCCGCACACCGCGAGCGAGCUGUCCCUGGCGUCCCUGACGGAGAAGAUCCACAGGAUGGAAGAAAGCCACCACAGCACCGCCGAGGAGCUGCAGGCCACACUGCAGGAGCUGUCGGACCAGCAGCAGGUGGUGCAGGAACUGACGGCUGAAAACGAGAAGCUGACGGACGAGAAGACGCUCUUGGAAGCGUCCUUUCAUCAGCAUCGGGAGAGGGCGGAGCAGCUGAGUCAGGAGAACGAGAAGCUGAUGGCCCUCCUGCAGGAGCGAGUCAAGGGCGAGGAGCCCGGCACCCAGGCAGGAAAAGUCCUGGAGCUGGAGCAGAAGUGCACGGAGGUCCUGGAGCAGGGCCGCUUCGAGCGAGAGAAGCUGCUCAACAUCCAGCAGCAGCUGACCUGCCGUCUGAGGACGGUGGAGGAGGAGCACCGGGGGGCUCUGGAGACGGUCCGACACCUGAAGGAGGAGAACGGGAAACUGACCACCUUCCUGGAGCUGGAGCGGCGUGACAGCGGGGCGAUGGCCAAGACCCUGGAGGAGUGUCGGGUUACCUUGGAAGGGCUCAAGGUGGAGAACGGGUCUCUGAAGGCUCACCUGGACAAUGAGAAGCCGAAAGCUGUAGAGACCAGCCCCCCGGGGCACACGGCCGAGGGCUGUGACGUUCAGGAGAUGCUGACAGUGGCCCGAGCCGAGAAGGACCAGCUGGAACAGUCCUGCGCGGAGCUCAGACAGGAAUUGCUGACGGCACAUGGUGAGGUUAAGCGUGUCUCAAGCCUGCUGUCCAAGGUGGAAAAGGAUUAUUCUUACCUGAAGGAGGUCUGCGAUCAUCAGGCAGAACAGCUGAGCAGAACCAGCCUGAAGCUGCAGGAGAGAGCGUCGGAGAGCGACGCGGAGAUCAAGGACAUGAAGGAGACCAUCUUCGAGCUGGAGGACCAGGUGGAGCAACAUCGAGCGGUCAAGUUACACAACAAGCAGCGCAUUGGCGAGCUGGAAGGCAAUGUGAUGAAACUGGAGGAACAGAAGUCGGACCUGGAGAGGCAGCUGAAGACUCUGACGAAGCAGAUAAAGGACGAGACGGAGGAGUGGCGGCGCUUCCAGGCUGACCUGCAGACAGCGGUGGUGGUGGCCAAUGACAUCAAGUGCGAGGCCCAGCAGGAGCUGCGUGCUGUCAAGCGGAGGCUGCUGGAGGAGGAGGAGAAGAACGCCCGGCUGCAGAAGGCCCUGGGGGACGCGCGGGCCCGCGGCAGACCUAUGAAGGAAGACUCGGAGCCCUCCGAGGUGGACGCUCCUGGCCGGUGGCACGGCGUCUACGUGAACAGAGCUCCUCCAACAUCUUCAGAGUCUGCAACCACCGUUAAGUCCCUUAUCAAGUCAUUUGACUUGGGACGUCCAGGUGGAGCUGGGCAAGACAUUUCUGUCCAUAAGGCCUCCAGGAGUCCCCUGAGUGGAAUCCCCGUGAGGACCACUCCAGCCGCCGCUGUUUCUCCAAUGCAGAGGCAUUCAACCUUCAGCAGUGCUCGGCCGGCCAGCAAAGGAGUGACUCAGCGCUUGGAUCUCCCAGACCUUCCCCUCUCAGAUCUUCUGAAGGGAAGGGCCGAGGACCUGAGACCGGACCCUUAUCUCCGCAAGAGCCCCUCUCUCGAGUCCCUGAGCAGACCCCCUUCUCUGGGCUUCGGGGGCUCCAGGCUGCUGAGCGCUCCCACCGGGGGCUGGAAGCCACAAAGCAAACUCAGCGUGGAAAGAAGAGACCCCCUGGCUGCCUUGGCCCGGGAAUACGGUGGCUCCAAGCGCAACGCUCUCCUGAGGUGGUGCCAGAAGAAGACAGAGGGCUACGCGAACAUCGAUAUUACCAAUUUCAGCAGCAGCUGGAGUGAUGGCUUGGCCUUGUGUGCGCUCCUGCACACCUACCUGCCUGCUCACAUCCCGUACCAGGAGCUGAACAGUCAGGAGAAAAAAAGAAAUCUCUUGUUGGCAUUUGAAGCAGCUGAAAGUGUAGGCAUCAAACCCAGCCUGGAGCUCAGUGAGAUGCUGCACACAGACCGGCCCGACUGGCAGAGCGUGAUGCAGUACGUGGCCCAGAUCUACAAGUACUUCGAGACGUAAGUCCGGAGGCAGCGCCUGCCGCCCUUCCCUGCUCCAUCCACCGCCCAGCUCGCCCAGGGCCGACACACACACAGGAAACAGCCAGGUCCACCGUGCCCACCUUGAACCCCGACGCACGUGGCCCGUAAGUGGGGGGGGCCACGCUCUCUUGGGCCCCCCUUCUCCGCGGGAGCCCAGCGGUGUGUUCACUGGAGCUGCCCUGAGUCUCACGACAAACAGCACUUCCAAACCCCACCGUCUCUCCUACAAAUGCUGGCUUCUGCCUCUAUAAAAACUCUGCACUUGACACCUCCCAGCCCCCUCCAAAAAAAAAACACCCAACAAAACACAAAAAGACAAAGUUUGCUCUCAAGCAGCGCUGAAACACAUGAGCGCCCUGCAUUUUGGGGAAAAGACUUGCGUCCUCAGUAAGGACUUCACCACCUGUAGGUCUCCUGUCCCUUAUUUGAUUCUUUGGGUGGAAGAUCAAACUUGAGAUGCAAAGGAGCCCCUGGGUAGUUUGCUGGGUGUCCCUGGGAGGGACAGGAGGAUGUGUGUCUGGGACGCAGUCACACCAGGACCCCAUGCUCAGUGGCGGCGGACGGGAAGCCUCCGUGACUGUCACCUGCUCCGAGUGUCCUGCAUGUAUUCACGCCCCAUCCACACCCACACGUUUGCCCCGCACGGAACUUGACAAAGUCGCUCAGACAGAAGGGACUGGCCUGUGCCGGCCGGGGUCCUCAUGCUUUUGCACAAACGGUUGGAGGACGUGUAUUUCUCGGGAUGCUGGGUAGACAGCGAUGUAAACAGUAUUUCAACUCUGGCUGUGGUUUUAGCCCUUCCCCAGGCCGCCUACAUUUGCACGGCAAAGAGGCCCUGGGGGCAGGCAGAGCUGGCUGGGGUACAACUGAAGGAGGGAACUCAGUUUCCCUAGAGUCUGCAGUCACCCUAAGCGGCAGGAGAGCCCUCUCCAGAGCAGCCCUUCGCCUGGGAAGUGCAGGUGCAGGUAGUCACCUGGGCAGAUAAGUGCGCAUUACGUAGCAAAUGAGGCUCACCCCGGCCCAGGGGGAUCCCGCAGCUGCUCGCAUCAGCGCCCGUCGACCAGGGUCCUUCCCACGGCCCCAGAGCCCAGGGCGACUGGCCCUGCGCAGUACUCCCUGCAGGCUGGCGGGAGCCCUUGUUCAUAGCCGAGGCCCCAUCGGUCCCUGUCCUGGGGGUGGCUGAGCUCGGCCCUGCCUCCCGCCGCCUUGGAAGAGGCAUCCGGUCCCACACGGCGACCAUCCCUCCACCUCAAGCUGCCGGGCCGCUGGCUGGGGUUCUUCUGCGGGGCUCGUUGGAAACACACACCCCUCGCCUGCCCCAGCGUGGAGUCAGAGUACUAGGAAGGGGACCAGGGUUGUGUUCUGUAUAUGUUCAAAGUCCCUGAGAAGCACUGGUGGCGGUGGCCGUGAUGAUUUGUCUUCACGUGGAAGCUGGAGGCACCACCGGGACAGCUGUAGCUCACGCCUCCCUGAGGGGCGGUCCGCUGAAAGAUACUCCCGGCGUCUCCUCGUCCCCCGACCCUGCCUUGCUUGCUCGGCGGGCGCGCCGUUGCCCAGGAGUGGGGUUGGGCCGUUGCUGGUUGUGUGCAGCCUGGGGUCACCGUGGGGCUCUGUGCGGGAGGGGCCGCUGAUGCCUCAGGGCGCCUGGAGGGGCCUGGGCGCUGCCGUGUCCUGUCUUCAGUGAUCACCGAGGAGGAUUUGGAAUCGGCACGGAGCCUCUGCGGUGGUGUUGCUGUUUCCCCUCCCCCCAUGCUGGAGCUGCUGCUGCCUUUAGGCUAAAGAGAGGAGGGAAGGCCACGUGCAAUUUGUUUUCAUAACGCAAAGAGGUUGCCUGACUGCUUUGCAGCGAGAGCACCCUUAGGGCACAGGGCACCUGUGUCCUGCCCGCAGGGACACGGGUGGCGUUGGGGCAGGUCUGGCCCUGGGGCCCGGGGGUGCCGGCUCAGGCCUUCCAGCGCUGCAGGGCCGGGGCCGGGGGCGGGGGGCGGCCGCGUAGGUCAGGCUUUCACUGGGGAGCUCGGGGCACAAGGUGCGCGUGGGAAACUUGAGAACACACGGUGGUUACUGUCAGCAAACUGCAUCCUCCCCAGUUUUCUGUCCUGAGGUUUUCAGAGGCCACAGUAUCCGUGUUACUUCCCAUCUUCCUUCAGCCAGUACUUCGUCACUUAAAAUUAUUUGGUGGUUCUACAGAUCCUUUUUCCAAAAAAUGUAUUAUUUUUAUACACAAGAUAGAUGCAGAAUGCAAGACCCCCCAAGAGUGGAGGAGUUUUGUUUUGUAUUUUUAAAGACAUGAAGAGAAGUCCAUGGUUCUUUGCGUUGUGAGUUGUUUCACGGCUGACAGUGGCUCCACAGCCCCUGCCCACAGGGCUCGGUGUCUGGGGACACCAGGCAAAUUCACCCACCUCCCAUCCGGUCCCUCCUCGCUUCAGAAACUACGAUGGUCUUUGGUUUUCGUUCUUCACCCAGCUGUUGUUUUAUAGCUUUUGUUGAUUCCACCCAGAGGAUCCUGAGUGGCUCACACCUGGCGUCACGGUCCCCAGACCCAUGGGCUGCUUUCCCAGGGACAGGCACCGCGCUGCCUGGGGACAGAGGUCUCAGUCGUCAGAUACCAGCCCCUUUGCCAAAUCCAGCCCUAGUUCUUCCCAGCGCAGAGCUCGAGGGCCAUUUGAGAGGAGCUGACCAGUGACAUGCAGCAAAGGACAGGACCCAGCAACCUUCUUAUAAAGGAUUUUUAAUACCGCGUGUGCCUGGCUUCACUGCGGGUUUCACGUCUCCGACCCAGGUUGGAGUUGGGUGAAACCUGUGCUGUCCCGAGUAGCUCAGUGACUUCGACUGCACGAGUGGAAUGCAGCAGUGCGUGUGCGGCCUCAUUUCUGCCCAGAGCACAGACCGUGCCCAGCGCUGUCAGGACGCAACAGAGGCGUGUGUGUAACUGUGAACGUGGACGCGUGCGAUGUAUGGCUCUGUAAUAUUUCUAAUAAAUAUAUUUUGUUUCUG